AUGAGGAAGAACUUCAGAGAGGCGGCCAGGAGCAGCAGGUCUGGGCAGCCUGCCACGGGGGAUCCCAGCACAUCCCGCAGCAUCCCACGGCUGCAGCAAGCUGGGGCAGGGAUUGUUUAUAACUGCUUUGGAAUAAAUACCAAUCUAAAAAGAGGAACAGUCAAGUCUGAGGAUGUGUUGACUGCUCACAAAGAUUCAAAAAUAGAAUCCUCUCCUUGCUACCUGUUGACGGUAAGGAUCAUCCGGAUGAGAAAUCUCCAGCGAGUGGAUGCCUUAAGCCAGGCUGAUUGCUACGUGUCCUUGUGGCUGCCGACUGCGACGUCUGAAAGGGCACGCACGAAAACUGUGAGAAACUCUGACAAUCCAGUGUGGAACGAAACCUUCUACUUCAGAAUCCAGAGUCAGGUCAAGAACGUGCUGGAGCUCACGGUGUAUGAUGAGGAUUUUGCUACUCCAGAUGACCAUCUCCUCUGUGCACUCUUUGAUACUGCUAAGCUUCCACUUGAAAGAACAGUGAUCCUGUACUUCAAACCUAGCCCAAACGCCACGGAGGAGCUAGAGGUUGAAUUCAAAUUGGAGGUUGCAUCUGGUCCUCAUGAAAUGAUUGCUAGCAAUGGAGUGCUGGUGUGUCGUGAACUUUGCUGCUUGGAAGUUGAAGUGGCAGAGAAGACAAAGCAAAAAUCAAGUAAGAAAGAGCUUUCCCUGACUGUGAAGGGCUCCUUUGAGGGGACGCAGGAUAUCGUGCUGGGCCCCAAUGGGGUGGUCAGCCCAGCGUGUCCCACCGAGUUCCACUACAUCAAGUACGCGGAGCCAACGCUGGAUGUCAUGCUGCCAAAGAAGAGGCGCUACCACCCCUGGUCCUGUAGGUACAGCACAGAGACCGGCUCCCCAGUCGUGAUGCUGAACUCGCUGCCCAUGGGAAGGAAAACGACCAUUGCAGAGGAGAAAAGAUUUGACUUGAAUGUGACAGCAAAACCUUGCAAUUGUACAUGCCACCAAGACCUGGACAUGCGCUUUGGGUUUAACUUAUGUUCUGAAGAGAUGGCUUUCCUGGGGAAAAGAAAGAGAUAUGUAGCAAGUGCUCUCAAAAAUGUUUUUCACCUACCACAUGAUCUGCAGGAUCAAGAAGUGCCCAUCGUGGCUAUCAUCACGACAGGAGGAGGACUGAAGUCAAUGACAGGAUUGUAUGGCAGCCUCAUGGGACUCAAGAAGUUAAACCUCCUGGACUGCAUAACGUACAUCAGUGGGCUGUCCGGCACCACGUGGACCAUGGCCAACUUAUACAGAGAUGCCUACUGGUCACAGAAGGACCUGGACUCACAUAUUGGUGAAGCCCAAAAACAAGCAACAAAAUGCAAGAUGGGCUGUUUCUCUAUGGAUCGCAUGAAGUACUACAACAAGCAGCUUUGCCAGCGGAAAGAAGAGGGAUACAGGACAUCAUUUAUAGAUCUUUGGGGUCUCAUGAUUGAGUACUUACUAAAUGAUGGGAAAGACCCCCACAAGCUCUCAGAUCAGCAAGAAGCACUGUGUGAUGGCCAGAACCCACUGCCCAUCUACGUGUCGGUCUGCGUCCGGGAUAGUUACAGCACCAAUGAUUUCAAAGAGUGGGUGGAGUUCACUCCCUACGAGGUGGGACUGCUGAAGUACGGCGCGUUUGUUCGCACGGAGCAUUUCGGAAGCGAGUUCUUCAUGGGCCGCAUGUUAAAAAAGGUCCCCGAGUCCCGCAUCUGCUACCUUCAAGGUAUGUGGAGCAGUAUAUUUUCUGUGAACCUUUUACAAAUAUGGGGACUGUCCCACAGUUCAGAGGACUUCUGGAAGAGAUGGACAGAAGACAGAAUAGAUGAAGUUGAUGAGGACCCGGUGCUGCCCACGAGGCCCCACGAGCUGCGGACCCGCAUGUACACCCCGCCCGGGCCCCUGUCCAGCGCCCUGCGCGGCGCGCUCACCGACCGCUUCUCCGUGGCCCAGCACCACAACUUCCUCAAGGGCUACCAGCUGCACAACAACUACAUGGAGAACCAGCACUUCUGUCGGUGGAAAGACACUGUGUUAGACUCACGUCCCAACCAGUUGAUGCAAAGUCCUGAUCAGCUGGGCAUGAUAGAUGCUGGAUUUUUCAUCAAUACCAGCAGUGCACCACUUUUAAGGCCACAGAGGGAGGUGGAUGUCAUCAUCUAUCUAAGUUAUACUACUGGAUCACAUACAUCGUCUCUAGAUAAGGCAUGUAAAUACUACUCAGAGCAGAAAAUCCCAUUCCCAACAAUUUCUUUGACUGAUGAAGAUAAGAAAAAUCUGAAGGAGUGCUACAUCUUCCAAGAUUCAGAUUUGCCAGGAUGUCCAAUUGUGAUUUUUCUUCCCCUUGUGAAUGACACCUUCCAAGAGUACAAAGCACCUGGUGUCAAGCGCUGUUGCUCAGAGAUGGAGGAAGGCCAGCUGGAUUUGACCAGCUCCUGUUCCCCCUACUGCAUGUUCUCAGUCAGAUACACCGACGACAACUACCGCAAGCUGCUCAAUCUCAGCGAGUACAACAUCCUCAACAACUCUCAGAUGAUUAUGCAGGCCUUGCAGACAGCGAUGCAAAGGAGGAGGCAGAAGAUGUGCUGAUUCAAGUAUGAGCCGUGCAGUUUCAAUGGCACGGGGGUCAGCAGUGUGUGGGCAGGGGCAGGCGUCCUGCCCCAGCAGUGGUGCCACAGUUGUGCCAAGGACUUUGGGGAGGGCAGCAUAACACUGGAUGUGUGCGUGAACGCUACCAGAAUGGACCGAGAUGGGAUUUUGUCUCAGGAGCUAAUCACUCAAACCUCUCAACAAGGAGACGGAGCUAUGCAGCUGAAUCCUGAUGGGAAACAGUGGACUUCUCUUACAAAGAUAGAAUCCUCUCUGUGUUACUUACUGACUGUAAGAGUCAUAAGAGCAAGAAACAUCCACCAGGCAGAUGUCUUGAGCCAAACUGAUUGCUAUGUGAGCCUGUGGCUGCCAACUGCUUCAAACGACAAAUUUCAGACUAAAGCCAUCAAGAAUUGCAAAGAUCCAGUCUGGAAUGAAACCUUCUACUUCAGGAUCCAAAGUCAGGUCAAGAAUGUGCUGGAGCUGGCACUCUAUGAUAAGGAUGUGGUUACUCGGGAUGACCACCUCUUCACAGUGUACUUUGACAUAGCCAAACUUUCCCUGGGAGAGGAAGUCUUCAUGCACUUCAAGUGUGACUCACAGCGACAAGAGGAGUUGGAGAUGGGAUUUGUCUUGGAUAAUAUUUCAGGCCCUCCUGAAACCAUCAUUACUAAUGGAGUGCUAGUGUCUCGCAAAAUCUGCUGCUUAGAAGUUCAGGUGGUUGAGAGGAAAAAGAAGAAAAAAGAGAAGAAAUCAAAAAAAGAAUUCUCCUUUAAAGUGCAAGGCUCUUAUGAAGGCACCCAGGACAUUGUGCUGGGAUCAAAUCUGCUCUUCAGCUCCUCCUGUCCUGCCAAAUUCCACUAUGCUAGAUACAAGCAGCCAAUGCUGGAUGUUACACUACCAGGGAAGAAAGGACCUCCCUCCUCACACUCAUGUGUGUACGAUACAGGCUCUCCAAAUGUGGAACUUCAUUCCAUUCCAAGUGGGAAAAACAUGAUCUUAGCAGAGGAUAAAAGAUACCGUUUAUAUGCGAAGGCAGAAGACUGCCCAGACCACCUUGAUGUGCGUUUAGGAUUUGACCUCUGCAUACAGGAACAAGACUUUCUCUGCAAAAGGAAGAAUUAUGUUAUUCCUGCUCUGAAGAAGGUUUUGCAGCUGGAACAGGAUCUGCUGGACCAUGAGAGCCCGGUGGUGGCCAUCAUGACCACGGGAGGAGGGAUGAGAUCCUUGACCGCACUCUACGGCAGCCUCAGGGGGCUCAAGAAGCUCAAUAUCUUGGACUGUGCCACCUACCUGACUGGCUUGUCUGGUACCACGUGGACCAUGUCAAACUUGUACAGAGAUGCUGACUGGUCACGAAAGGAUCUCGACAAGCAAAUCAGUGAGGCUCGAAAACAUAUGACAAAAUGCAAAAUAAAUUCCUUCUCCUUGGAAUAUUUGAAGUAUUACAAAAAGCAGCUGUGCCAGCGGAAAAGAGAGGGCCGCAAAACAUCUUUUAUAGAUUUCUGGGGGCUUGUCCUGGAAUCUUUUUUGCAUGAUGGGAAAGACAACCACAGACUCUCUGAUCAGCAACGGGCCAUUGAUCGUGGUCAGAACCCACUUCCUAUCUACACUGCAGUCAAUGUCAAGAACAACUACAGCACUCUGGAUUUCAAAGAAUGGGUGGAGUUCACCCCAUAUGAGGUAGGAUUGCAAAAAUAUGGAGUUUUUGUUCGCACCGAGGAUUUUGGCAGCGAGUUCUUCAUGGGACGAUUGAUGAAGAAGGUCCCUGAAUCCAGGAUCUGCUUUUUGGAAGGCAUGUGGAGUAGUUUAUUUUCAUUCAAUGUGUUAUAUAUCUGGAAUUUGUCCCAUUCAUCAGAAGAUUUCUGGCACAGGUGGACCCGGGACCAUAUUGACAAUAUAGAGGAGGAGCCGGCGCUGCCCGCGCAGCCGCAGGAGCUGCGCACGCGGCUGGCCACGCCGCCCGGGCCCCUGGGCAGCGCCCUGCGCGCCGCCCUCACCGACCGCGUCUGCCUGGCCCAGGAGCACAACUUCCUCAGGGGCCUCCAGAUCCACAACCAGUACCUGGAGAACGCCCACUUCCGCAGGUGGAAAGAUACUGUGUUAGACACAUUUCCCAACCAGCUGACACAAUCAGAUGAAUUCCUCUCUCUGGUAGAUACUGGAUUUUUCAUCAAUACAAGCGUCAUGCCACUUUUAAAACCAGAGAGAAAGGUGGAUGUCAUCCUGCAUUUAAAUUACAGUGCAGGAUCCCAGAUACAGGCUUUGGACCAGACCUGCAAGUACUGCUCUGAGCAGGGAAUUGUUUUUCCCAGGGUGGACCUGAGUGAAGAAGACAGGAAAAAGCUGAAGGAAUGUUACCUCUUUGAUGGUGCUGAGACUCCAGGAGCACCAGUACUGCUAUUUUUCCCGCUAGUUAAUGAUACCUUCCAGAAAUACAAAGCACCAGGUCAGAAGCGCUCAGAGUCAGAGAUGGAAGAUGGCAAAGUUGAUCUCUACGGCUGCUGUUCCCCGUAUUCAACAUACUCCCUUCAGUACACUGAGAAGGCGUUCAACUGCCUGGUUCAGCUGGGUGAAUACAACAUCCUCAACAACGAGGACCUCAUUUUACAGGCCUUGCGCACAGCAGUGGCACGGAAAAGGCAGAUGAAGAAAUAA